AUCCUCCUCCCUACUCAUAACUUGCAUAACUAAUGAGCCUUAACUCCAUGAUAAAUUAAGCAGGACCAAUGACUCCUCUUAUUUGCACAUGCUAACUGGUUGACGGCUCAUUCAAAAAACAUCGCAAAAGGACUAUUUUCCGCAAUUUGUUCUAAACAGUAAAAGAUUUCAACAAAAAUAAUUAUAUACAAUAAUUAUGUUGGAGAUGCUUGAAUACAACCAUUAUCAGGUGCCGUCCCACCUGGAGAGCCCAACUAAGUACCAGAUCCAGCAGGCCCAGAGGCAACAGGUGAGGCAGUAUCUCUCCUCCACCCUCGGUGGGAAAACGGGUAACCAGUGCCCUAGCCAAACCCCGGAACGAGGCAUGCCCCCUGGGCCGGCCAGCAGUGCCCCCAACAGCCCCAUGGCCCUGCUCACUCUCAGCUCCAACUGUGAGAAAGAGAUGGAUGAUGUUAUUGACGAUAUUAUUAGCUUGGAAACAAGUUAUAAUGAGGACAUCCUCGGCCUUAUGGAUUCUGGAGUCCAGAUUUUGAACACGCUCCCAGUGUCUGGCAACCUUCUGGACAUGUAUAGCAGCCAAGGAAUCAACAACUCAUGCUCUUCCAGUAUGUCCAACAUCAAAAGGGAAUACACAGUUGGUCCAGGCCCUGGCAUGAUGCACAUGCUGGAGAAGCCUGGGCCAUGCAGCCAGUAUGAAAACUACCAAAGGCAAGAAGGCUAUCCAGUAGAGGCUGAGGUACGAGCUCUGGCAAAGGAGAGACAGAAGAAGGACAAUCAUAACCUUAUUGAACGCAGGCGGCGGUUUAAUAUCAACGAUAGGAUCAAAGAAUUGGGAACAUUAAUUCCUAAGUCAAAUGACCCGGACAUGCGCUGGAAUAAGGGAACUAUUCUCAAAGCCUCAGUCGACUACAUUCGUAAGCUGCAGCGGGAGCAGCAGCGUGCCAAAGAUCUGGAGUUAAGGCAGAGGAGGCUGGAGCAUGCUAACCGCCACCUGAUGCUACGCAUUCAGGAGUUGGAAAUGCAGGCCCGAGCUCAUGGCCUCGCAGUGGUGACGUCACCGUCCUCCCUGUGCACCUCGGAGCUGAUGGCCAGGGCCAUCAAACAAGAGCCACUGCUGGGCGGCGAGUGCCCCUCCGACCUAUACCACCAUAGCCCCACCCCUGACAUGUCACCGCCCACCACGCUGGACCUGAACAACGGCACCAUAUCCUUCGACCCGAUUCAUUCAGAUUCUGGAGAUCCUUACCGCGCCUCCAAAUCGGACAACGCAAAGGACAGCAGCCUGUCGUCAGUCACUCCGAGCGAGACGCUGCUGUCUUCCGGUUCCCCGGACCACUCCGACAGCAGCAGCCGCCGCAGCUCCAGCUCUAGCAUGGACGAGAAGGAGAACGGCUGUUAGUGUGGACGGCUAACUGUUCACCUACCUUAACUUAGAGACAUGGAGGACACGUUGUUAACUGUCGAAGUAUUUCGAAGUUUUCAAAAACGAACGAGUGGCUAUCGAAAUGUUGUCAGCCAUUCUCCGCAAGACGGUAGACGUUUUGCGUUACUUUCUUUUUUAAAUCUAUAGCUGGAUUUUAAUCUUUAUCUUAAAAGUAUUGUUGGCUUACAUGAAAAGUAGCCAACAUUACGUUGGGACCGCGUAUGAUUCGUUAUGCUGUUCCUGCUUGUGUCUUCCGUCGUCGCGGUUACUGACAAAUGAUCACAGGUGGAAGAGCAGAUGCUGUGAGCAACGCUCAACGUCGCUCAUAUAAAGCUUUGGAUCAAUUUGUGGUUCACUUUUAUAAAUCCGGGUUAAACAAAGGGAUUACGUUUAACUUGUAGGCUACUCUACGACGUGGCAAUAGGCCUCUGUUCAUGAACUAAAUUGCUUUAGUCCACUAACAUUAAAGGUCCAGUGUGUAGAAUUGAGUGGUCUGUAGUGAACCCGAGUUGGCAGAAAUGGAAUAUAACAUUCAUAAGUAUGUUUUCAUUAGUGUUUAAUCCCUUGAAAAUAAGAAUUAUUUUGUUUUCUUUACCUAAUUUUGAGCUCUUUAUAUCUACUUGGGGUGCAGGUCCUCUUUCACGAAGGCAUCCAUGGACGCCAUUGUUCUAUUGUUGCCCAGAACAGACAAACUGCAAUUAUUACCGUUGUUGUAUAGGAGCCUUAUAAAAAGCAAUAUUGUAUCUGAAAUGCUCACCUUAGUGUUAUGGUAUAUAUUUAUACAUUUACUGUCUAAAAAACGAAAUAGAAUUCAUAAAUCAAAGAGUGUCAUCACUUGACUCGGCUACUCGAUGUUGAUAAUUUUGCAAGUAGGUCUACUUACUGUCUGGAACCUUAAUACAGGCCACCGGACCAGGCACACUUGACCUUUAACUGAUAUUGUUCCAUUGUGAUAAGAAGUAUUCUACAAAAAGUAUGCCGACGUCUGUUUAAAAUGAUAAUGCUUAAGCCCAGGAUGUUUCUGUCGUAAAAAAAACUAACGCUUACCAGAAAUAGGGUUUUGGUUUUCAAAGGUUAAAAGUAACAUCAAUAGACCGUAAUAAUGAUUAUUUUACAUUUGAAUGAAAAUUAAUUUUGUACAAUAUUUAUAUAAACACAUUUUUGUUAAUUUCUGUGAUUGUUAUUUAAUAUGCUCCAUUCGUAUUUGUUAUUUUAAGAUUCUCAUAUGGUAAUAGGUUUGAAAAACUGACAGAUCCAAGAAUUAUCGAAAGGCAAAUAUAAAAUAUAUUUAUAUUUUGUAUGCCUGUAUAGUUAUAUAACCUACAUUUUUUUAAUUUCCUAAUGCCCUAUACUGAAUUAUUGAACCAUAGAUAAGACAGUUAUUAAGAAAACGACAGAUAGCUUUAUUUUCAAAGAUUCAUGAUUGCUGCUAAUUCAAAAACACAAUACAUGGAUUAUGUUUUUGCAGGCAUUAUUGCUACUAAAAGAUUAAUUUGUAAACUUGUUUUUAGUCGUUGGCUAUAAUAGAUCCCCUAUUAUAUUCCCUUUUAUAAUUUCUUUGAAUUACCUCUAGGGGGCAUCCAAUAAUAUGGCAAUACAUUGUACACAUUUUUCAUUUGCUAAACAUUUACAUUUUGUAAAAGAUUAAAAAAUACAUAUAUUUCUAAAUAUAUUUCGAGAAACAAGCGUUAACUUUCAUAUUUAAAAUAAUCUGAUACCGUGAAGAAAAGGUUUGCUUCAGAAAACAUGGAACAUUUUGCAAAUAAAGAAAGUACCAAGGUAAAUCCUUAUUGCAAAUACAUGAAAUUGUGAAAUAAACAUUACAUAUUCAUGGGAAGGUAAGGUUGCAGUGAUUUCCAACUGAAGUUGAUAAAACUUACUGUGGCGAGCAGACCGGGAAUGACCAGACGGGAGCCCGGGAAAAAGCAGUUUGAAACUUGUGCCCCAUAGACCGCAUCACCCCGGGGGUUGCCUUUAUUUAAACACACCACACACACGAAAAACAUCCUAUCCCGCACAACCAUGACUGCCUCGGUUGCUUCCGCUGACCCUCCCAGGAUCCCUUGCGGCAUUUGGACAAGGCGACGACAGCCGUGUUCGCCACAAUUAUCUGGCACUAUUAAAAAUACAUUAUGAUGAUCCCAGGCAUUUCCAUGGUACAAUAUAAUAAUUGCUUUUAUGAAGCCUUAAAUCAUUGUGGCCCAUUUUUAGUUUGUCCCCAGACAGCAAAAUACUUUCAAUUCUCGACCAGUGUCCCCUUUAAUUGUACAGGCCUGACAGGCCCACCAAAAAUAUGUAUUUAAAAAAGAAAAAACGCACAAUUUAAUAAUAUUUGUA